UGCAAUGAAUAUUUCUGAAGGGAAAAACUUCUAAAUUUGAUAAUUUAAUGAUCCUUAGAAUUCCGUUGACAGUUAAAAAUGUUCGGCUCUCUUCACUUUAUUUACAAACAGUCUUUUAAAACAUACGUGUCCUUACCAAAUCGAUGUUCCUUUAAAAAUCGUAUUCCAAAUAUAUGUGCUGCAUUCCAUGUAAAGCCUUUUUGUUUUCUCUAUAAGCGUUUACUCACGCUCUGUGUCCAAAUGGUUGGCGUCAUUUUCAAGACUCAUGUUUUCUGCUGAAACAAGAAAAAAUGAACUGGAAUGAUGCCCAGCAUGCCUGUCAGGGAAUCCAUGCAAGACUUGCCGAAGUGCAGACUCAAGAAAAGGUGGAAUUCUUAAGGAAUAUGUUAUCAAAAGAGAAUGGAGAUUGGUGGAUAGGGGCAAAGGAUGACGUCAAAGAAGGCCAAUGGCGUUGGGCAUCCGGCGAACUGUUCGAUUACACCGACUGGGCUCCUAAUGAACCAAACAAUGAUAGGGACCAGGAUUGUCUACAGAUGUAUAAGACAGACCAGUAUCACUGGGAUGACGAUCACUGCUCUACAGCCAAGCAUUUCAUCUGUGAAAAAGGCUUUAAUACAACGUUACCGGUUAUUGGAUGAUUGUGUUGCCUUAAUUUAUAUAUACAAUAAACAUCAUAGCUUG